ACGCGGUCUGGGCGGGCCCGACCGGUUUGCGACAGUGGCCGCGGUCCGGGACCGGAGAGCCCAGGGGGACCGCCGCACAGCGCCGGGGUUCCGCCGGCGUCUGGGGGGCCACGGCUCGGCUCGGGGUCGCGGCCGCUGCCAGGAUCCGCCGCGCGCGCGCGCGGGGCGCGGGACGCCGAGGGCCCGGGCCAGGCGUGCGCCGUGAGGGGCGGGCGUCCGGACUUGGCGAGCUGAUGCGGACUCGCUUUUGAGCGGCUGGGGACGAGCGAAGCAGCCCCAAAAUGGAGGACUUUGCUACCAGGACCUACGGGACCAGCGGCCUGGAUAACAGACCUCUGUUCGGGGAGACGUCUGCCAAGGAUUCCAGCUUCCAUUCUGGCAGCAGCCCAGUCCAAGUCAUCUGGCUUACAAACUCUUGUCUCUUUCAGGACCGAAUCAUCAAUUUAGUUGUUGGCAGCUUAACCACCUUGUUGAUUCUAGUAACACUGAUCAGUGCUUUUGUGUUCCCUCAACUACCUCCCAAACCACUGAAUAUAUUUUUUGCUGUCUGCAUCUCUUUGAGUAGUAUUACUGCCUGCAUACUUAUCUACUGGUAUCGACAAGGAGACUUAGAACCGAAAUUUAGAAAUCUAAUUUACUAUAUCUUAUUUUCUAUCAUCAUGUUAUGUAUAUGUGCAAACUUGUACUUCCAUGAUGUGGGAAGGUGAGACUGCAGAGAUGAAAUACUUACCAGGACUCUUGGAAAUCUAUGUGAAUUUAACUGCUGCAAAAAAGUAUGCUGAAGAACUGUCUACAGAAGUCUGACACAUGAGUUUUUUCAUGUUAAUUGUAAAUCUGAAUCCCCUCGUGCUAGGGGGCUGUACCACAGAGCUCUGCGUCCCUUUAAAAAGCUGAAACAUUCCAGCCCUCAAAUAGCAAACAAUUUUUACUUUUGAUCUUUUUUUUUUAACAAUUUAAUUGCAUGGCUCAAAAUCUUGCAUUUUAAGACAAAUACUCUUUUAUUUCUGUUAAACUGAAUAUACAAUUAUUGUUCCCUAGGCAACCAACUUUUGCUUAUUACUACAGUUUCACAUUAAUAAACAGAUGGUGAAAAGACAACUUUGAUUGUGAAGAUCUAAUUACAUUAAUAAAUAAAAUAAUUUAUACAA